GUACAAUGGGAGUAUAUAAACAGUUUCUUAAAUAAUAUACCAACUUUUAAUACAACCAACCAACUUUUAUCUUUCAUUUCAGUUUAUGGUCCAAACCUCAUCAUGAAAAACAUCUCAUAGAAAUUCUGAACUUCAGCAGAAUUUGUGAUUGUUGUGUAACUGAUAGAACUUAGAAGUCAGAGAAAAUAUGAGAAGAAGAUGGUCCUUUUACAAGGAUGUUUUGCCACCUGUGGUGAUCAUAGGACAGGAAACUAUUGAAAUGGCUUUACUCACUUUGUUCAAAGCAGCCACACUUCAAGGGAUGAACAAUCAUGUCUUUGUUGCCUAUGCUUAUGCUAUUGGUACUGCUAUUCUCCUUCCUAUCACUUUUUUUAGAAGAAGAUUGCUUCCACCACUAAGUUUCUCCACAAUAUUGAAAAGUGUGCUUCUUGGAGCAAUAGGAUGUUCAGCUCAGAUUUUGGGGUAUAUUGGUAUUAACUACAGUUCUCCAACACUUGCUUCAGCAAUUGGUAAUCUGGUACCUGCUUUCACUUUCAUUCUAGCUGUCAUUUUCAGGAUGGAAAAGUUAGCUGCAAAGAGUAGAAGUAGCAAUGCAAAGGUAGUAGGAAGCAUAAUAUCAAUAGCAGGUGCUUUUGUGAUGACUUUCUACAAAGGACCGUCGAUCAUGAAUUCUUCAUCACUUCAUCAACCAGCUGGCUUUCUCAUGGCAGUGGAUUCAAGUUGGGCGAUUGGUGGCAUUCUGCUAACAAUUGACUUCUUUCUGCUAUCGCUACGCUACAUUUUUCAGGUGCAUAUCUUGAAAGAGUUCCCUGACGAAGUAACUUUAGUCUUGUUAUACACCAUUACUGCCACCAUCAUAUCAACAGUUGUAGCAUUGUUAUCAGUUCCAAAUGCAAGUGCUUGGAAAAUAGGACUAAAUCUCUCACUCAUCUCCAUUGUUUCUUCUGGCAUAUUUGGGAAAUUUAUCAGCAGUACAGCUAUUGCAUGGUCAUUGAACAUGAAGGGGGCUGUCUAUGUAACCUCAUUCAAGCCUCUACAAAUUGUUAUUUCUGUUGGCUUAGGAGUUAUAUUCCUUGGUGAUAUUCUUCAUAUUGGAAGUAUAAUUGGAGCCACAAUAAUCACAAUUGGUCUUUAUGCUGUAUUAUGGGGCAAAGCAACAGAAAAGAUAGAGGAAGAUGUUGGUAGCCUAGAGUCACCAUCUAUAGAGAAUGCACCUCUUUUACAAAGUUAUAGAACUGAAACAUUUGAAAAGAAAACAAAUGGAAAUAUUUAAAAGAGUGAAUACGCUUGUUAGUCCUUUAAUUUAUGCAUAUUGAUCAACUUGGUCCUUGGAUUUUUUGAAAUAGCUAAAUAGUCCCUCAAUUUCAUUGACGUCUAUCAAAUAAGUCCCUUCGUCAAGUUUAGAUGUUAGACAAGCUGACAUGUAUUGAAAAUGCCCUUCAAUCAACCUGUUUAUUUAGAUCAA